AUGCCCAAAGCCCGCGCCGAGCCCGAGGACGACGUCGAGGUCGGAGACGAGCAGGAGGAGAACGGCGACGAGGAGGAAGAGGAGUAUGAGAUAGAGGCCAUUCUUGAUCACCAGCACGGGCGGUUUGAAGCGGGCAAGAUGGGCUACUUUGUGAAAUGGAAGGGCUACGACGCCAGUGAGAACAGUUGGAUCACGGAGGAGGAUGCCCAGAACGCGAAGCAAGCCAUUGACGAAUACUGGGACAGACAGAAGAAGAAGAACAAAGGGGGGAGGAAGUCCGACGUGAAACCCAAGCCUGCCACCAAGAAGUCAAGAGACGAAACACCCGAGGAGGAUCCUUCGACCUCUGCGAAGAAGAAGCGGAGGACCAGCAAAGCGGUGUCUGAUGAUGAGAUGGACGUCGACGAGGUUGCCCCGCCGAAAAAGCCCGCGAAGACGACCAAACCCGCGACACCCACCAAACAGACAAAGAAGAAGCCGCCCGUGUCCGAGGAUGAACCGGAAGAUGACGAUGGUUAUUUUAACAUGAGCAAACAUUAUAAUGACCCGAGCUGGGAGCCCCUGCUUGGUAAAAUCGAUACAAUCGAGAAGCAGAAGAACGGGCUUGUGGUGUACUUUACGUUGUGA